AUGCCGAACCAGAAUGUCCAGACCUUCUACCGUCGCCCCUAUUCUUCUCUCUCAUUCUUCGUCAUAAUCGCAUUCAAUCUCGUCACCUAUAUCUGCUUAAAGCUGGCCACCGCGUUCGUAAAGCCUCAAGUUGCAGUGACCCUACACUUGAUUCGUGUUGCCGAGCUUACAUUCGUCCUGGGUUUGUCUUUCAUUGCGAUACUUCUGGAUCCUGAAACUACGUUUAGCAGGAUGAAAAAGGUCCAAGAGAAUGAAGAUGGUGAGGGCGGUAGAGGUUCAUACAGGUACAAGGUCAAGCGUCCGCUGUUUGGGUUUAGGGAUCUCAAAUAUUGCUUGGAUUCCCCGGCUGGAAUGGCGGAUGUUUGGUGGGAUGGGGCACGGUAUGAACGAGCUGUGUUUGAGCUUUGA